CAGUGUGGAACUGACUGGUAGAUAGAUGGAUAGAAUAGAUGGGCGUCCAUCUUGAAUUUCACUGGAUUUGUGCCGGUUAUGUGAUAAAAGUGUAAUUUGUAUAUUGAACUAUAAGUAACUCGUUAAUUUUUAAGACCUUUAUGUAUGAUCGAACGAAAUAUUGGUAAAAUUUAGGAUAACAGCAGGAAUGUGUUAGUAUCAUUACUCAAGACAUAUGCGAUUUCCGGUAAGAGUUUCGUCGAUAAAACCUUAGGUUGGCAAAGGUAUUUGAAAACGAUGGCAGUACCUAGUAAAGCUCGGGUAUAUGCCGAUGUGAACUCACAACAGCCUAGAGAAUAUUGGGAAUAUGAAAGCUAUGUGGUAGAUUGGGGUAAUCAAGAAGACUAUCAGUUGGUUCGAAAACUUGGGCGUGGAAAAUACAGUGAAGUAUUUGAGGCAAUAAAUAUCACAAAUGACGAAAAAUGUGUAGUUAAAAUAUUAAAGCCUGUUAAAAAGAAGAAAAUAAAAAGAGAAAUAAAGAUAUUAGAAAAUUUAAGAGGUGGCACAAAUAUAAUAACAUUACAAGCUGUUGUAAAGGAUCCAGUGUCCCGUACUCCAGCACUCAUAUUUGAACACGUUAAUAACACUGAUUUUAAGCAGCUAUAUCAAACAUUGUCAGACUAUGAUAUAAGGUAUUAUUUGUAUGAACUUCUGAAAGCGCUAGAUUAUUGCCACAGUAUGGGCAUUAUGCACAGAGAUGUUAAACCUCACAAUGUGAUGAUUGAUCAUGAUAAUAGAAAGUUGCGUCUCAUUGAUUGGGGGUUAGCUGAGUUUUAUCACCCAGGACAAGAAUAUAAUGUUCGUGUUGCCUCGAGGUACUUUAAGGGACCUGAACUAUUGGUGGAUUAUCAAAUGUAUGACUACUCGUUGGACAUGUGGUCACUAGGGUGUAUGUUAGCAUCCAUGAUCUUCCGUAAAGAGCCUUUCUUCCAUGGUCAUGAUAAUUAUGAUCAACUUGUACGUAUUGUCAAAGUGCUGGGCACUGAAGAACUCUUUGAAUAUUUGGAUAAAUACCACAUAGAAUUGGAUCCACGUUAUAAUGAUUUACUUGGGAGACAUUCUCGUAAACGGUGGGAUCGAUUUGUACAUUCAGAAAAUCAACACUUAGUAUCGCCUGAAGCAAUAGACUUCCUUGAUCGCCUUCUACGUUAUGACCAUUAUGAGCGUUAUACAGCUCGUGAAGCUAUGGAUCAUCCAUACUUUUAUCCAAUUGUGAAGGAGAAAGGCAGAAUGGCGUCUUCUAAUUCACCAACUCCCAAUGCAUUGCAAGGAACAAUAAAUGCAACAGAGUAAUUAUUUUAAAUAUUUAAUAAUGCUCUUUAUAACAGUAUGUAAUGAAAUAUAUAUUCACUUGUACAAGACUCUGGAGGAAAAGGACAGAUAAUGCACCAAUGCAGCAUCAAGAGGAAAACAUUAAAGGACAGCCCGAAACAAGCAUCUUGAUAUAAAUGAACUACUAAAUAAUUCCAGUUCUACUGAAAGAAGUAUAAUUUGGAAAGACAAUAUACUUUAGUGUUAAAUAUUAGUAAAAUCUGGUUAAUUAAUUGUUUUAAAAGUGUUUUCAUCUCCGAUACACAAUCACUUUCAUCAGUCCGGAAGAGUAUACUCAUUUACUUCAGGGGUAUUUUGAGUUUCAAGAUGAUGAGUUGAACUCAAUAUUGUUUUUUUAUGUAAAUUAAUUGUGGAGUAUUGACAUGAAAGAAAACAUUUCGAGUUUCAUUGCACUUGAUCUUUGCAUUUAUUAACCUAUGGUAUUGAUAUUGUAAUUACUUGUAUGAUAUGAUACUGAUAACACCUACAUACUGUUUUGAGAUACUGGUUAUAAGCUAUGUUUUGUUGGAAUUUCGGUUAAAAUUUUGUAUUUAUGUAAUUAAAAUGUAGAUAUGUGUGAUAAAUACAAAAUUUUAAUGUGUUACUUUUUUUUCAAUACAUGAAUAAUAAGGAAUACCAGUAAUUUUUUAAUUAUUAGUGAUGUUAUUAAAACAUUGCUUCUAUUAGUAUAUUUUCGAUAAGUUAUGUUAGCUGUCCCUAUAAAUAUAAUAUAGUUAAAUCGAGUCGGUCUUCAGCAAAACGGUGAGCCUCAUUAAUUUAUAAUUUAUUUUUUAUGUAAUAACUUGAAGUUGUUGCAUCAAAAUUUUCUUAAUAAACAGACUAACUUUGCCUGGUA